CCGUGUCUCCUCGACGAUCUGAAUUUACAGAUUUCACCAUACAGAUUAAAAAACAGCCCAUGUUACAGCUUUGUGAUGGCCCAAACAGGAAGUAAGCAGAAAGCCUCUCAGGGCUGGACCGGAGUCCUCAUAAAGACCAGAGCCAACACGCGAAGAAGGUGACGUCUGCUGCAGAUCACAGUGAGGGGACAUGGUUCACAGAGUGCUGGUUGUGUUUCUGUCACUCUGGAGCUCAGGGCUCUGGACUGGAGACACACACAGUCCAACAGUGCAUGGUGAGGUCAGGUUGGUGGGAGGAGACAGCCGCUGUGCUGGUCACCUGGAGCAGAAACACCAGGGAGACUGGGAUCCAGUGGACCAGCACUUGUAUGACUGGAACCUGACAUCGGCUGCUGCAGUGUGCAGACUGCUCGACUGUGGCUCUCUCAUCUCACUUCGAAGGACAGAGGGUUCCUCUGUUACUGUCUUAUCUAACAUUGAACAGCUCGUUAAAAUGGUGUCACAUCAAUCGUCCCCUCCUCGUCUGGAGAUCAACUGUUCAGUCUCUAUCAGGUUGGUCAGAGAGUCCAGUCUAUGUUCAGGCAGACUAGAGGUGAAUUCUGACCCGUCUAAACCGUCAUGGUCUUCGGUGUGUAAGGACAACUUUGACCAGCAGGAAGCAGAAGUGGUCUGUCGGGAGCUUGGCUGUGGGCCUCCUUCAGUCCACCAUGGGGAGCUCCUUGAAGAAGGGGAGACUCCAGCUUGGACCAAAGAGUUCCAGUGUGGAGGCCACGAAUCUGCUCUCCUGGACUGUGGAAGCUCAAAUAGAGAAACUUGCUCUUCUGGAACAGCUGUGAGACUUACCUGCUCAGAACGUGAUCACAUCAGGUUGGUGGGAGGAGGCAGUCGGUGCAGUGGCACACUGGAGAUGAACAGAGAGGGUGAAUGGAAAUCAGUGGAUCAGAGAGUCUGGAACCUGAGUUUAGCAGGCACAGUGUGUGGACAGCUGGGCUGUGGCUCUGCUGUUUCAACCAAAAAGAGACGCACUCUCGAACCUGCAUACAGAUUUACAUGGACCAACGAAUCUGGCUGUGAAGCAUCUUGGCUGGAGAAAUGUCUUCCAAGACAGACGUUUUCAUCAUCCAUCCUCGAGAUAACCUGCUCAGACUCUGUGAGACUCAUGAAUGGGACUGAUCUGUGUUCAGGCAGGCUGGAGGUGAAGUCUGACCAGUCGUGGUCCUCAGUGUGUGAAGCUGAUUUUGGCCUGGAGAAUGCAGAGGUGGUCUGUAGGGAGCUCAGCUGUGGGCCUCCUUCGGUGUUCAAGGGAGGACUCUAUGGAGAAGGGGAGCGUCCGGUGCUUGUGAGGAAGUUCCGCUGUGAUGGCUAUGAGUCUGCCCUCCUGGACUGUGGAAGCUCAUGGACAGGCAGAACCACCUGCUCACCUGGCAAAGCUGUUGGACUCACCUGCUCAGACCCUAAUGAUAUCAGGUUGGUGCAAGGAGCCAGCCGUUGCACUGGUCAGCUACAGUUGAAACACCAUUACAGCUGGAAAGCAGUGAAUAGCCUUGACUUUAACUGGAACCUGAAGGCAUCAGCUGUCAUAUGCCGAUGGCUGGAUUGUGGCUCGGCGGUUGCAUGGGGAAAGAGAAGGGAUUCCUCAAAACGAUCUGUGUGGUGGGUCAGCUCUGUCUGUGUCCAGUCUAACGCCACACUGCAUCAAUGUGUGACAGCAAGCUCUGAUCCCAGCUCUUCCAGCCUGGAAAUCACCUGUUCAGAAUUUGUCAGGCUGGUGAAUGGGUCCAGUCUGUGUUCAGGCAGACUGGAGGUGAAGUCUGACCACCACUCGUGGUCCCCAGUGUGUGAAGACAACUUUGACCAGCAGGAUGCAGAGGUGGUCUGCAGGGAGCUCAACUGUGGGCCUCCUGCAGUCCUCCAGGGGGAGCUCUAUGGAGAAUGGGAGGCUGCAGGCUGGACUAAAGAGUUCCGCUGUGAGGGCCACGAGUCUGCUCUCUGGUACUGCGGAAGCUUAAUUAGAAACACUUCCUCCUCUGGCAGAGCUGUUAGACUCACCUGCUCAGAUCCAGACAUCAUCAGGUUGUCGGGAGGGAACAGCACCUGCGGUGGUUCCCUGGAGCUGAAAAAGGAGGGAGAGUGGAGACCAGUGGCUUUAUGGAACUGGGAUUCUGACUGGGUCCAGAAAACAGCGGCUGUAGUGUGUAGAGUUCUGGAUUGUGGUUCUGCUAUUUCAGGAAAGAUCACAGAGCAUCCUGACAGACUCGUGUGGUGGAUCAAGCCUUCCUGUGUCCACAUAGUGUCUUCGCUGUUGGAUUGUGUAAUGUUGACCAAUAAUGAAGAGUUCUAUAGCGGCCUUGAAGUCAUUUGCUCAGAUUUGCUGCCUCGGCCAAACGUCUCCUUCUCUCCUUCCACUGAUGGGGUCUCCAUGGCCGAGCAGCAGGGGCUUCAAGUGCUCCUGGGCUCCAGCUUCACCAUCACCUGCUCUGUUGCACCACUCUACCCAGGGGGCUCCUUCGAGCUCAUCUUCACCGUCUCCAGCACAUCUAAGAGCUACGCCCUUCCAGCUGACAACCACUCAGCCCACUUCCUGUUUUUUGCUGCAGGCCGCGCCCACCAAGGGGGCUACACCUGUGUUUAUCACCUGUACGUGUUCUCCUAUAACUUCUCCUCUGAGAGCCAGCCACUCUAUAUCUCCGUCUCAGCCUCUCUGACAGAGCUGAUGAUCAGACUCGUCGUCCUCCUGCUGGGUCUGCUGUCUCUCAUCACUGUCCUCUGCGUCCACACUAAGGUACAGUGUGGGAUUAGCUUCACUUCAGCACUCACUGUGAUAUAUUCACUUAGAAGGGAGCAGUUAGUUUUCUGUCAUGUCUUUCCAGUCCGGCGGAAUCCACGAUGAGACAAGAACACUGAGACUGCUGGCUGGAGGAGCCCAGAGGAAACACAUUGACAUGAACAAACAGCGAAAACAGUAGACAGCCGUGACACUCCUGAUCCCGUUUACACUUCAUGGAAACCCCCUCCGUGCUGUCCUGGUUUGACGCCUCAGCCUGCUACAGAGUUGUACAGAUCCACUGCUGGCUGUGGUCUGGGGGGAAACAGACUUCAGACCUUCCAGUCUGGCAUUAAGUUACUCCUUAAUGUGUUUUUGCCACAUCACAUUGCGGUCACAUAUCAGAAAAAGCAAAGUGGAAAUGCAACCAUAGAGUCUGAGAUAAAACUCUUCUUAAAACCAUCUUGGGAAGUGGUUUUAGGUACAUUUUAGCCAGCUGUGGAAAAGGUGUAAAAUACAAUUUAAAACAAUAAAAACAAUUUCAAAGACAAUUAUGUUUGCUUUGGAAAAAAUAAAAUAAAGGAUGUCAGACAUGAUGCCCAUCAUGAGGGAAAAAUGGAUGCCCUGCAGCCAAUCAGGAUCCAGUAUUCACCCAGACUGUGUGUGUGACUAAUAAUGUUUAAUCAGUAGUUCAAAGAAAAUUACUUCAUUUUGUUGUUGAUGCUUUUUAUAUAAUAAACUU